CUUCAUUUUCUCUUCCGUCCCAUAAUGCCCUCACUCCAUUUUAUUCCCAACAUACACAGCGGUUCAAGCUUGUAUGUCACCCUAGCAAGAUGGCGGACAAAGCAGUGGCCCUGGCCGAAAAGAGGCUUAUGGACGUCAAACUUGGGCAGAUCUUCUCAUGGCUUGGAACUAGGGACUUUACUCCCAAUGGACUCGUUGGUGCAGUCCGCAGAGGACAUGAAAGAUACUUCAAUAAGUACAUCCAUGUGAAGAAGGGUGGCAUUGGUGGCGUUGCCAUGCUCCUGACUGGAUAUGUCGUGCUGAGCUACGUUUGGGAAUAUGAUCACAUCAAGCAUGAUCGUUGGAGGAAGUACCACUGAACAGCCAGUACACCAGGGACCACAAGGCUCUGAAGUGGCCAUGUCCGCAGCAGUGUAUUCACGCCACCCUCUUCAGCUUUUCGUUGUCUGUUCAAAAUUACAGUUGUGACCAAGAAUAAAAUUUAAAUAAUGUAAA